AUGCCUACCUCACUCCAGCUCCGUAAACGGUACCGGACUUUCAUCGAAGCUAGGAGGUCUAGUCCUAUCUCUAGAUCUACUAGCCCGAUCCCUCUGCCAACAGGGGCGCAGGCUUCAACAUCGAACUUUACAUUAGCAGCCAAUAACCCACCGUCGCCUAGUCUAUUGCCUGCACCGGGUCCGUUGCCUGUGCAAACAGAAAACCCCGCUUUUGUCCUGGCUCUGAAAAAACACAUAAAAGAUCUUUCCCCUGAGGAACGACAAGCAUUCAACAAUAGCAGUAGUAUCACGCCGGACACCCUCAUAGCUAAAGUUAGGGACUAUGAUGACACCCACAACGACUCGAGUUAUUCUCGCAGAUACGCAUCUCGAAUCCAGGGGUUUUUGACAGCGGUGGACGGAUAUCUAAAACCAUUAGCGAUCAUGAUCGGACAUAAUCCAGAAAUUUCUUCCCUUGUUGUAGGAGGCGCGAAGCUCAUCGUUCAACUCGGACUGAAAUCCAUAAACUUCUUCAAUAAGCUGGCAGAGAUGAUGGAGCACUUGGCUGGCCACUUAGGAUAUCUAUCUCAAUAUGCAAAGUACUUUAACGGAUCCAAGGCAGUACAAGAGGCACUUUCUGCUGCGUACGGUGAUCUACUCAAGUUCUUUACAGGCGCAAGGAAAAUUUUCGUAGAUGAGAAGGGGAACCACAGUCGCUGGGUAUCAUUUCGAGUGUUCUUGCAGACUACGUGGGAACCAUUCGAGGAGAAUUUCAAUUGUUUACUCUCCGAAUUCAGGAAUCAUGUAAAAAUUGUGAUUCGGACAGCUUCUAUCGAAGAAUAUGAACGCCUACGUUCCGAGAAGUUAUUGGAGGAGGAGGAAAAAGAAGAUGAUGAUAGACAUAAAGUACUAUCAUGGCUCUCAGAACUGGACUUUGACCAUGAUCAUAACCGGAUAUUCUCGAAAAGGCAUCAGGAUACUGGGGACUGGCUUGUUGAGUCCCCAGUGUUUAAACAAUGGGAUGAUUCCAAGAAGUCUUCUCUAUUAUGGUGCCACGGAAAUCCUGGCGUUGGGAAGUCAGUUUUAGCAUCCCUUGUCCUAGAAAAGAUUUCUACCAAAUAUUCUUUUGAUAGCCGGACUGGUAUCGCAUUUGUAUAUUUCAAUUUCCAGGAUUAA